AAUAGCCCGGGGUCAUAUAUUGAAUAAGCGGGCGUUACUACUUUAUAUGACACAUUAUACAUUUAAUAGCUAUUGAAAAUAGCUAACACUACACUUUGAGGGCGUACACUUCAAUUAUUAUAACGUUAUGACUUCGUUGUAGCCUCCGGACUACAACGUUGGCAGUUGGCUCAGCUUAAGCCGUACAUAUUGUCCUCGCAGUGACUGUUAUCUUAAGAUCUUAUUAUGUGGGUUUUUGGCUACGGGUCUCUUAUAUGGAAAGUGGAUUUCCCUUAUGAGGAAAAGACAAUUGGCUACAUAAAAGGCUUCAGUCGUCGGUUUUGGCAGGGAAGUACCGAUCACCGGGGGAUACCGGGUAAGCCUGGCCGGGUGGUGACACUGGUGGAGGAUCCUGAGGGGUGUGUUUGGGGCGUUGCCUACAAGCUACCGACCGGCCGGGAGCAGGAAGUGAAGAGUUACCUUGACUACCGAGAAAAAGGUGGUUAUCAGGUCAUCACUGUUACUUUUCACCCCCGUCCACCACUCUCUGCGCCGCCCAGCCAGACGCUGCUCUACAUCGGCUCUCAGGACAAUCCAGACUACCUCGGCCCCGCCCCCCUGGAGGAGAUAGCCAAUCAGAUUGUCAGCUCUACCGGUCCAAGUGGGAAGAACACGGAGUACCUGUUUCAGCUAGCUGAUGCUAUGAGGACAAUCCUGCCAGAGGAUUCAGACACACACCUGUUUUCUCUAGAAACUUUAGUGAGAGAAAGACUACACAGUGUGCAGAAACACUCACACACUCAAACAGGUUAAUUUUGAUGAUAUUUUUAAAACUCUCAGGGUUUAAAAACAGAUAAGGAUAUUUGUUGGGUACAGAAAAUGUGUUGCAAAGUCUGUUUUUAUUGUUACACUACAAUGUCACAAUACUGUCAAAGAAUAUUCAGAAAAAACACCUUACAUUGCUAAUAAAAUGUAUUGAAAUAUGCUGGGCCACUAAAUCAUCUUUGAAUAAGCUUGACUACACGUACGAUGACUCCUUCCAUUCCAAACGUUACAAGAUGAAUGAAUGUUUAUGGAGAUCCUUUGAAGUUAAUGAAAAUGACGAAUAUAUUUAAGGAGAUAUAUUUACAUACACAUACAUUUUGUCUGAUUGUGUGCAUUUUAAAACAUAAAAAUGUGAUUUACACGUUAACUGCUCGGUGAAAUAUAGAAUGGACGUAAUUCAUUAAAGAACCCAAAGCAGUG